GAGACGGCGGGCCCCAGUCGCUGGGCCGGGCCGGGCCGGGCCGGGCCGAGCCGAGAGCGAGCGCUGCCCGCGGGAGGACUGGAGCCCGAGCCCGAGCAGCGGCCACCGCCGCCGCCGCCGCCGCCGCCGCCGCCGUCAUGCGCUGGAUCCGUGCGCUGCUGAAGAAUGCGUCCCUGGCAGGGGCGCCCAAGUACAUCGAACACUUCAGCAAGUUCUCCCCGUCCCCGCUGUCCAUCAAGCAGUUUCUGGACUUCGGGUCCAGCAAUGCCUGUGAGAAAACCUCAUUCACCUUCCUCAGGCAGGAGCUGCCCGUGCGCCUGGCCAACAUCAUGAAAGAGAUCAACCUGCUUCCCGACCGAGUGCUGAGCACGCCCUCGGUGCAGCUGGUCCAGAGCUGGUAUGUCCAGAGCCUCCUGGACAUCAUGGAGUUCCUGGACAAGGACCCGGAGGACCAUCGUACCCUGAGCCAGUUCGCGGAGGCCCUGAUCACCAUCCGGAACCGCCACAAUGACGUGGUGCCCACCAUGGCACAGGGCGUGCUGGAGUACAAGGAUGCCUACGGCAACGACCCGGUCUCCAACCAGAACAUUCAGUACUUUCUGGACCGCUUCUACCUCAGCCGCAUCUCCAUCCGCAUGCUCAUCAAUCAGCACACCCUGAUUUUUGACGGCAGCACCAACCCAGCCCACCCCAAACACAUUGGCAGCAUCGACCCCAACUGCAACGUCUCUGAGGUGGUGAAGGAUGCCUAUGACAUGGCCAAGCUGCUGUGUGACAAGUAUUACAUGGCUUCACCUGACUUGGAGAUCCAAGAGAUCAAUACAUCCAACUCCAGACAGCCAAUUCACAUGGUCUAUGUCCCCUCCCACCUCUACCACAUGCUUUUUGAACUCUUCAAGGUAAGGGGGUGGGGAAUGGUCCUCUAUGGGGUUGGGGGUGGUUGGGUUAGGCUGCUCCCGUCCAUCUCUUCCACCUUUCUCCCCCCACAGAAUGCCAUGCGUGCAACUGUGGAAAGCCACGAGUCCAGUCUUGUUCUCCCACCUAUCAAGGUCAUGGUGGCCUUGGGCGAGGAAGAUCUGUCCAUCAAAAUGAGUGACCGAGGCGGGGGAGUCCCCCUGAGGAAGAUCGAGCGACUCUUCAGCUACAUGUAUUCCACCGCCCCCACCCCCCAGCCAGGCACCGGAGGGACCCCGCUGGCUGGCUUCGGGUACGGGCUCCCCAUUUCCCGCCUCUAUGCCAAGUACUUCCAGGGAGACCUGCAGCUCUUCUCCAUGGAGGGCUUUGGGACUGAUGCUGUCAUCUACCUCAAGGCCCUGUCCACGGACUCAGUGGAACGCCUGCCCGUCUACAACAAGUCAGCCUGGCGUCACUACCAGACCAUCCAGGAGGCCGGCGACUGGUGUGUGCCCAGCACAGAGCCCAAGAACACGUCCACCUACCGCGUCAGCUAGGGGCCGCCUCACUGCCCCAUGCCUGAGAGGACAGACUGCCAUCACCGGGAUCAGCCGCCACGGUGACCCUCCCCGUCCCCCCCACCCCCAGGUGGGGAGAGGCUCUCCCUGAUGACCAGUUUCUGUCUCUAUGGAAAUUAUAGUGGUGACCAGUCCGUGGGGGCCCCUAAGUGCCAAUCUCUCUCCAUGGAGACCCCUGGGUGGCCUCCCCGUGGUUCAGUCUCGGCGGGUGCUGCCUGAGGGCAGGGGCCUAUCUCCGACCUGAUGGGGCGUCCCAGCACCGCAUCUCCAUGGCAGUCCUUCAGAGCUGCCACUUCUCUGCCAGGGGUUCUGCAUCCCCCUCACUGUCCUCCACGGCCCUGGCCUUCCAAGGACGCCCUGCUUGCCUUACCUUCCACCCCAGCCCGUGCAGGCACCCUGGCCCUGGUCCAGAGUCUGCGUUAGGAAGCAGCCAGGUGUCCCUGGGUGGAGAAAGGCAUUGCACCCUUGGGCCCUGGUCCUGCAGCGCCUCCCUCCACCCUGAGUUUUGAAGGUCAAGGUUAGGAGGCGGGAGUUCUCACCCAGGGCUCAGCCUUAGGGUGGAGGAACCAGGGAGGACCCGGAGAUGAGCGGCCCCUAGCCGGGCUGCUCAGAGCCUCUCAGGCACCUCCCAGGCCCUUCCCUGCCGUGUCCUCACAUGCCCACCCCUGCCUGCCAGCCCCACACCCCCACGGGUCCACCUGAGCUCCAGACACCCCCACCCUCCGUGCCUGGACACGCACACGCUUGGGAUGGCCUUCUCCCUAGAAUGCUCUAUGUACAUAGCUAGUUUUAUAGCCCCGAAAGGCCCCCCCCCCACCCUCCCCUUAGCACACAGGGGUUAAAGUCGUGUGUCCCUCCUAGUGGCUGUGACGAUGGCCGUGACAUCCACAGUAAAGAGGAGACAAACGAGA